AUGCCUUUCAAGAGCGAAUCAAGAGGCCGAUGGCAGACAAACAAAGACGGCUUUCCCCGAGAGCACAACUGCCACAAGGAACGGAGAAAUCCUCAACGGAGCAGUCAGCGGCGGCGACUGAAGAUUCGCAGAAACGAACGAGAAGAAGCAGGUCGCAAGCCGGCACACGCGGAAAGGCAGAAGCAAGGGAAAAUUCGACGGAAAAGAAGAAGAGAAAACAAGAGAAGAGGGGAAAAAGAUAAACGAAAACAAGACUGGAGGACAAGACAGAGAAACGAGGGAAGAGAACACCGCAGGAAAAAAACGAGUGGACAACAAAAGAGGAGAACAAGAGAAGGAAACAAGGGAGGCCAAGAAGAGAGAAGAAAGAGGCGAUGGCCUCAGCGGCACAAUCGCGUGGAAGCGAAUUUCCUAUGAGAAAGCCGGAGGCGCGUGAGGGUGUCGAUCGCCAGGAGUAUGUACAUCGGCAACAACGACAGACCCCAGACCAAGCUGAUGUUUCUUUUUCGCGUUCUCGGAGUUGCAGAGAGAGGCGCGGCCGCGCGUUUCUUUCCAGUUUUGCCUGCCUGCUUUGCCGUGGUACAGACGCGUCGAGACCCUACGGAAAUUCACUCUUUCGACUGUUUUGCGCAUCAGAUACGAACGAAGAGCGGCUCGAAGACGAGAGGCGUUUUUCUAAGCAGAAAAACUGCGGACUUGUCCUUUCUCGAGUCUCCUUUUUGCUGUGCUUGGAAACUGUCCCCAGCGCGCGUAUUCUUAACUCAGGGAGAGGGUCGAACGCGUUCUGGGAGACCUUGUUCCUUCAUCUCACACUCUUCUUCUCUGUGGAAACUUCCCGUCUAACUCUUUCGGGUGUCUCUGUGUCAAGGACUGGCGG